AUGUUGGUACUCGUAACCGGAGUCACUGGCAACCUUGGUCUGCACCUGAUUGACAGCCUAGCCUCUCGUGGUCAUCAAGUCCGUGGCCUGGGCCGGUCCCCAGAUAAACUCGCUCCAGAAAAGCGAUCCAAAUUGGAGAGUUUCAUCAGCAUCAGGAACUAUUAUGAUAUUGAGGCCAUUGAUAAGGCCUGUGUUGGCGUUGACGCUAUCAUUUGUGCCUAUGCCGGAACUCCAACCAUGCACCUAGAUGGCCAACUCAUUCUCUUGCGAGCCGCUGAAAGAGCUGGUAUCACUCGAUACCUCGCCGCGAGCUGGAACUGCGACUGGAGGGAGCUUCAGCUUGGCAUGCAUCAAAGUUACGACGCUUGCAUUGCAUUCCAUCAGCAGGCCAAGCUGACUUCAACCAUCAAGCCCAUUUGGAUCUUGACUGGUGGAUUGGCUGAAGUUUACUUCUCUGUUCCUGGACAUGGCAACUUCUCUCCGGCAUACAAUGGGCCAUGGGACCCUAAGAAUAAGACUGUUGAUAUCUGGGGAACUGGCGAUGAGACUUGGGAUCUGACCACCGAGAAGGAUGCAGCCGAGUUCUCGGCCGUGGUUAUACAGCGCGAUGAUGCUUCCGAAGGUGGAUUUUGGGAGCUACACUCUGGCGCAUACUCACCAAGAGAGCUAGCCAGGAUCUACAAAGAAGUCAGGGGCAUUGAUAUUGCGCUCAAGCACCGAGGCACUCUUGAGGAGCUAAAGAAACUUGCCUACUCUAUGAGAAACUCAAAGCCAUACAACGACUACUACAGUUUCAUCGGACUAUUCUACCAGCUGUUCCAGCUCGAUGGAACAUAUGCUCUCAAACACCUCGACAACGAGAAACUCAACGUGAAGACAACGUCAAUGGAAGAAUUUCUUCGACAAAACCCUGAUAUUUAA